AUGGAACCAGUGCCGUUUUAUUCUGACACUCAAUCCGAAUGUAGUAAAGCUGGUCACAAGCUUAUUGGCCAAGAUAGCAAUCCACUCUUUGUCUGCUUCGCAUGCAAAGUCGGCCACCUGAAAGAUCGUCCUAAGAUUGUCUAUUGCGAGAUCUGCAACUCUUGUUACCAUGAAGAUUGUCGCUACUAUAAGCCAGAGAUCAGACACCCUUUUCACCUUUCCCACCCUCUCACCUUGGUUAAAGGCCAUUAUUCGCGGCUGAAUGAUAUAUACUGUUUCCGAAGGAAGCUACAGAAAAUGCAAUUGUUGUCGGGGUCCUCUUCUUAG